AUGGGAGGAGAAUCUAGUUUUUCAACUGUUGCACCACCAGUCUUCGAUGGAGACAAUUAUCAAAUAUGGGUAGUUCGUAUGGAGACUUAUUUGGAGGCUUUGGAUCUUUGGGAAGCAAUAGAAGAGGAUUACGAGGUCCCUCCGCUUCCAACAAAUCCUACUGAAAUCUGGGAUUAUCUCAAGACUGAAUAUGAAGGAGAUGAGAGGAUUCGUGGAAUGAAAGUCCUGAAUUUGAUUAGGGAUUUCGAGUUGCAAAAGAUGAAGGAGUCUAAAUCGGUGAAAGAGUACUUUGACAGACUUCUCAGCAUUGCUAACAAGGUGAGAUUGCUUGGUUCUAUAUUAAAUGAUUCCAAGAUCGUUGAAAAGCUGCUAGUCACUGUUCCAGAGAAGUUUGAAGCCACCAUUACUACUCUGGAGAACACCAAAGACUUGUCAAAAAUUUCUCUUACAGAGCUCUUGAAUGCUUUACAAGCACAAGAGCAAAGAAGGUCUAUGAGGCAGGAAGGGGUGAUUGAAUGUGCUUUACUUGUUAAGCAUCAAGACAGCAGCAGGUAUAAAAACAACAAAAAUUUCAAAAAUCAAUUGACGUAUGGAGAUUCAUUUGCCAAUUAUCAGAAGACAAAAGGAGGAGGUUUCAAAAAAUCCUAUCCACCUUGCCGCCAUUGUGAGAAGAAAGGUCAUCCACCAUACAAGUGUUGGAGAAGACCUGACACCAAAUGCUCCAAAUGCAAUCAACUUGGACAUGAAGUUUUGAUCUACAAAGUCAAAGGACAGGUGAAAGAAGUAGAUGCACAGAUAGUUGAUCAAGAAGAAGAAGAUCAAUUGUUUUUGGUCACUUCUUCCUCAAGCAAAUAA